UCUCUUUUAUACCCCACUUUCUUCGAUCCCAUCCUCUCUCCCUCUCCUCACUGUCGUCUUCCUUCCCAGGGCCAGCGAGAGCUUCGUUCCGGAAGGCAGCAAGCAACUGCCGCAACGGUAGCUUGCUAGCUACCUCGAUCGGGCGCGCGGCAUGGCGAGGCGGACGAGCGGCCCCAAGAAGAAGCUGAGGAGGGGCCUCUGGUCGCCGGAGGAGGACGACAAGCUCAUCAACCACAUUGCCAAGUAUGGCCAUGGCUGCUGGAGUUCCGUCCCCAAGCUAGCAGGUCUAGAGAGGUGUGGGAAGAGCUGCAGGCUGAGGUGGAUCAACUACCUGAGGCCGGACCUCAAGAGGGGAGCAUUCUCGCAGGAAGAGGAGGACCUCAUCAUCCAUCUCCAUUCCAUGAUGGGCAACAAGUGGUCUCAGAUUGCAACGCAGCUGCCGGGGCGGACGGACAACGAGGUCAAGAACUUCUGGAACUCGUACAUCAAGAAGAAGCUCCGGCAGCGCGGGAUCGACCCGGCCACGCACAAGCCGCUCCCGCUGGCCGCCGACGCCAGCAGGGCCGCCGCCGCGGGCAGCAGCCGCACGGCGGUGUUCAGCGACGCCGAGCUCAUCCUGUCGUCGACGACGACAGCCGCCGCGGGGCAGCACAUGCCGCCGCCGCCAGUGACGGCAGCGGCGGCGGAGAGCUACGACGUGUACAGCAACAGCUACAGCCGCAGCAGCGGCGGUGGCGGCGCGAGCGACGGCUCCCUGCAGUCGCUGUCGGGGUACAAGUACAACAACAGCAGCAAGCAAACAGCGGCAGAUCACUUGGGUGCCGCAGCCGCCGCGGGGUACCUGCAGGACCCAGCAGCAGCCGACGCGCUGUGCUGCGGCCCCUCCGGUGUCCCGGCGGUCGUUCUCCCGUCGGUGUCCAGCUCCAGCACGCUGAACUCGAUGGCUGGCCUAAGCCCCGCGGCCACCACCACCGCCACCGACGAACAGUGCAACAACAACAACAACAACUGUAGCAGCUGCAACAACGGGUUCGAGCUGAUGUCGACGACGCCGCACAGCUGCUGCAGCAACCACCACCUGCCGUGGCUGGAGCUGGGCACGAGCGGCUACGGCGGCGCCGCCUCCGCCGGCGUCGUGGACCACUACGGCGCGGCGCUGGACGAGCUCAAGUGGUCCGACUACGUGUUCGACGGCUACGGCGGCCAGCCGGGACAGAGCAUCUACGGCGACAGCAAGGACGCCGUGCAGUUCGUGGACGCCAGCGCGCUCAGCAGCAGCAGUUGGUGCUUGAAUUGAUCCAUCGUCGGCCCAACGCGCUCGGCGGCGAGCAAUUAAUUAAUUAAUCGGCCGGCCGAACAAUUCCAACUCCAACACAGACACAAUUACACAAACACUUUAUACGUGUGCAUGUGCUCUCUUACGAAUUAUACGAUUGAUUGAUGUAGCUCAUGCAUGUUUGCAUUUGGUGAGCUUCGAUCUGGUUUGUAAAUUAAAUUUCGUCUUCUUUCGGAUUGGUUUACCGGGCUUGCGUUGCGUGUUAA